AUGGGUUUUUCGAAGAAGCAUCAAAUUGAAACGGGCAAAGAGUCUGAAGGAAGAAAGUGGGUUAUAGCCGGAGUUGCUGUAAGGGCUCCUCUGAAACCGAUAUCCACAAAAGCUAGGGAGGAGGAGGACGGUGAUAACGGCGGCGCGUGGCCCACAACCCCCACCGCUCGUGAAUCAAAGUUGCCGGAAAUAUUCUCCUGCCCGCCGGCACCAAGAAAGCGCCGCCCAUCUUCGAACUGCAGUUUUCGUG